CGCUGGGAGGCGAAAUAAUCAAUCUCCGGACUCGAAGUAGCAACGACCGAGCAGUUUUACCUCUCGAAACACGCUAUUCCGCCAACCAUCCGAGAAAAACAAGGUUACGGGUGUAUGCUGGUAGUGAACGUGUGGGGCAGCAGGCCAGUCUUGGCAGCAUGGUGAAGGCCCAGAAGUCAGCUGGGAGGAAGAGCUCUAGCUGUCCCCGCAGACAGAGUGGUGUUCAGCCAGAGAUGGAGGGAGGCCAACUCCAUUCGGACACCCAACAUCAACAGGUGCAACCCAAACGAGGAGAUCAGUGCUCUGAUCAAAUCCAUCUUCAGACCUCUGCUUCAGCUGAGGCGCUGCUGGUGAAAUAUGACCCGACGGAAACUCCAGUGGAUGUUCAGGAAAGGGACAACUCUGCUGCACAGCACCAGGGAAAGCCUUUGUGGAAGCCCAUUCCCCCUCUACUGCCUGAGCCUCAUAGGAGCACAACCGCUGAGACCAGGGACCAGAGCUGCCAGACUGAUGAGCAGCUUCAGCAGACCAGUGCCUGCAAACAUAGUCAGAACGCAGGUCUCUGUGUGGAGCCGGGUGAUCCUCCUCUGCUCCAGCAGCCUUUGCAGACCUCCAAGUCUGGGAUUCAGCAGAUAAUUGAAUGCUUCCGCUCUGGCACCAGCCAGCUGAAACACAUGCUGCUAAGGGAGGUGGACACCAUCUUUGAGUGUAAACUGUGCCGCAGUCUGUUCAGAGGCCUGCCCAACCUCAUCACACAUAAAGAGUACUACUGCCUAUCGCAGCUGCCUGAGUCUGAUGGUUCACCAGGUGACGACAGGCAGAGUGUAGCUAUGAAGGAUUUAUUGGACGCCAUCUAUCCAAGAGCUGAUCGGCCAGAUUAUGUAGUCCGACUGGAGCCCAUUCAGACCACCACCAAGGCGGUGUUCCAGUACCUCACCACAGAGGAGGAGCUGGCUAGAUUUCCAUCACACACACCCAGCGCCAGAGAGAGUCCAGUAAAUUGGGAAGGAGAAACAAUGGAAGGUGUGGAGAGCAACCAGGCAAACCAGACGGGUGUAUCAGAAAGCCACAGCAGCCCAAGACACAACCAGGGACAGAGGAGAUGGGAGCCUGAAGAGGAGGCUAAAGAGGAGCAGCCACAGCCUGAGGAUGAGGGGUCCAACAGUGGGGUUGAGGAUGUGACAAUCUCCUGUUGUCUUUGCGGUCAAGACUUCAACUCGCGCCGCAGCAUCAGACGUCACUGCCGCAAAAUGCAUCAGACAAAACUCGAAGAACUCAGAAAGUUUACGGAGACACGCACCGUACCUACGAGCCUGCUAUCUAUGGUGAAAGGUCGGCCGAGGACUCUCAGCACACCUACUGGAAAAUCGUGCCCAGUGUGCCUCAAAACCUUCGCUACCAAAGCUAACGUGCGACGCCACUAUGACGAGGUGCAUCGUGGCCUGCGAAGGGACACCAUCACACCCAGCAUCGCCUCGCGCCCUGGCCAGCCCUUCUCACUGGAAGUCACACCUCCCAGGAAGAGCAACAAUGCCUCUCCAACACGCAGCCACAGCUCCAAGUCCACCCCUGUGAACUCGAAAACACCAUCUUCAAACCAAAACCAAACCAAACCUCAGAGUCAGCUCCCAGCCUCCCCGCAGGCAAACUCGGCAUCAUGCCGCUGCACACUCUGCAAGAGGAACUACAGCUCUCAGCUCAUGCUGAAGAGGCACAUGCGUAUAGUCCACAAGAUAUACAGCAUGAAAAGUAACAGGUCUACUACUACAGCAACGUCCACUACUGCAGCAGCCACGUCUAACAGCAGCAGCACUAAUGUGGCUCCCAGCAACAGUGUCAGGGUGAAGGAGGAAGCCGUGGAGCCCUCAGAUGAAGAAGAUGAUGAGGACAUUGACAGCAGUCCAGCUCCUUCUCCUAGUGAUAGCACCGGCACAGGUAAAGGAGUUUCUGUGGCACACAGUACCAUGAAGGUUAAGGAGGAAGAGGCCCCGUCAAGCCCCAAAAUGACGCCAUUAUCAUCAUCAUCGUCGUCGUCCUCUCGUGGGACAAACAUAUGUGGUGGCAUGGCGGCCAAAAUGACCAAACUGUCAGUGGGCUUUGACUUUAAGCAGCUCUUCUGCAAGCUGUGCAAACGACAGUUCAGCUCACGUCAGAACUUAACAAAACACAUCGAGCUGCACACAGACGGCAACGACAUCUUCAUUAAGUUUUACCGCUGCCCUCUCUGUCGCUACGAGUCACGUCGCAAGCGCGAUGUCCUGCGUCACGUGACUGUAGUUCACAAGAAGUCAUCUGCAUACCUCGCCAAGAUCAUGCCCAAGCUGGAGAGCAGGGCAGUGAAGAGGCUAGCAGAGGUAGUCCUUAACAGUUCAAGCAAGAGGACAGGCAGCAACGGCAAAGAGGAAGUGAACGGACGUCAUGCUUCGUCAUCUUCCUCACCUUCACCUCCUGUCACCCGCAAGCAAGAGUGCUCCACAACUGGCCCAACUGCCUCUUCAUCUUCCUCUGCCCCACCUCCAGCCCCUGUCACUCGGAAACAACAGGACCUCUCAUCAACAGUCUUCACCCCAUCCCCUCCCGUCACUCGUAAGCAAGAGAGACAGCAGACCCAUCAGCACCGCCCCAUCAGCCCCCCGCUGACCCGCCGCAGCGAAAAACACACACACCAGCGCAACUCCUCCUCCUCCACCACCACCUCACCCAGCAGCCAAACCCCACACACCCGGCGACAUGACACCCAAUCAGAGAGCAGCACAGGGACAUCGUCCACUGAAGUCAGGGUGACCAAGAAUUUCUCCCUUCAUGCCUGUGACCAGUGUGGACGAGCUUUUGCUAAAAAGUUGUACCUGGAGUCACAUAAGCGAAGCCAUCGUAAUGCCUCGACAGCAGCAGGCAGCAGGAGGAAAGGAGUCAGCACCCGCUCCAAGUCCCUCGUCUGGUGAAAAACACAGUACCCCCCGGGAAUAAAGGAGGAGUGAGCCACUAACGAUGACAAACUGGAAAAAUAAUACGCAGAUGGAGUAAGCACAGGAAAACGAGGAUGGAAAUGUGAUAGAUAGAGCCCGACAGAGGAGUGAAGUACAAACGAUUUUCUUUUCCACAUUUGCUUAAGAACCAAAUAUAUUGUUGGAAUCUGACAUUCUUGUACAGUUUCAUGAUGAAGCCAGCCAGCCUGCUGGAUGGUGGCGCUGCUAUCCCCACAGAGACUCACUACUGCUGCAUAAUAUCUUUAUUUACCUACUGUAAGAUGUGAAUAUGGAUCCAUAUGCAGAUGACUAGUUUGUACUGCUUUGCUCCUGGUAAACGGCCUUUAGCAAAAGGAUGAAGUUAGUUUAUGGAAGGGGUGUGUGUGUGUGUGUGUGUGUGUGUGUGUGUGUGUGUGUGUGUGUGUGUGUGUGUGUGUGUGUGUGUGUGAGAGAGAGAGAUAAAAAGGGAGGGAAAUCAGAACUGGACUGUGGUCUCCACAGAAAACAGACUGCAACAUAACGCUAAAUUAACCCUACACAAAAUGAAUCUGGAUCCUUGCAGCAGCAUUUCAUUAAUUUAUGACUUAUGUGUGUGUCAUGGGUGUGAUAUAGGCCUAAUAUAUUCAGCUGGUUCAUCUGCUUUUCCCCUCACUUGAUUCCUAUGUUGAUUGGACCACUGUUGUGCCCUGCUGUCUUUCUAGAGAGAAACUGUAGCCAAAGUGUUUGAUGCUUGCCUUAGAGUUGAAUAGUCUUUAUUUUCCCUUGUAAAUAUUCCCUGUUGAUAGUGAAAUUCAAACAGGUCAGAUUUAAUCAGCUCUAAAGCGACCAACAAGUUCAGAAGGUCAUGAAUUACAGGGUACAGUCAAAUAGAAGGAAAUGUUAGUGUGGAGUUUAAAGUUUUCUUUAAUGAAAACAAAAAAAUGUGUGCGUGCUGCUUCUAAUAUCACUUCUGUCAGUUUCAUGUAGUAAUCGCUGUUUUUCUGCCUUAUCUGCCUGGAUUGAUUGCAUGCUUGUAAAGGGUGUUUCCUUUACCUUGACGGCACCCUGAAACCAUCGAGUCAUGCUUCCAGCGGACUUGCCUGUGUGGAUUUCGAGACCUGAAAGAAAUCUUUGGCUCAAUAGAAAACAAUCAAACUUCAAAUUAUAAAUGUCUGAAGCAACAUGUGAUAGAGCAGGGGAAACAUUCUGACUAUCAAACUGACACCCUACGUGCUAAAUCACUUGCAUAAAUGUAGGAGGUGCAUAUUUACAGUGAGAAGGAGCUGGACAGCACAUUAUGUGGAGUAAUGUGUGCCUGAAUGUUUGCAGGACGUGACAGGUCACCAACAGCCAUACUGCCUUAGAUCUUAAACUGUUAACCGGAAGACAUUAUUUUCUGACCGCCGUCAACUUGCCGAUUCUUCCUUUAGUUGUUGUAUUUUUCCGUCACAGGUCCUGGUAGAUGUGUCUCACCCUCAGUGCCUAAAGCAGCAGGCAAUUAACACGAGUUGGCUAAUUUUGAUCAGAACAGAGAAAAUAAGAGAGCCACAUAUCCGGAAAGCAAAACUAUUAACUUCUCCUUACUUAAGAAUUAUUAAUAUGAAAUGCUUUGUUACAUCCACAUGCAUUAAACAUGCAGGGGCAUGAAUUUUUCUUUCCCUCUGUACCUAUAAGGUAUAUUUUUACUAAAUGCUGUAUCAGUUCAAUUCAUAUGCUUUCAUGUACUCAAGGUUUUUU